GGGAGCAUUAGGGAAGAGAUGCAGGUCCACUGGGCCUGUGCGGGGGCUUAUCUCUGCCUAAGCUGAGGGACUAACAGCAAAGCCUGUCCUCGCUGCAGCCGGUCUGGGCCACAGGGACCAUCUGUCCACUCUGGACAACUGAAGACAAAGGAGCAAACACGCAGCUCGGACUGAAACUUUAAAGGACAGAAUCGAAGACGAGGAGCGAGCGCUCGGCGGUACAAGAUCUUCUGUAGUUCUGUCGACACAGAGGAGACCGGAGAGAAGAAAUGGCUUCAGAUAGCGGUCUGAACGUGACAUUGACGCUGAGGCUGCUCAUGCAUGGGAAGGAAGUCGGCAGCAUCAUUGGAAAGAAGGGAGAAACGGUGAAGAAGAUGAGGGAGGAGAGCGGCGCUCGCAUCAACAUCUCAGAGGGUUCAUCUCCAGAGAGGAUAGUGACCAUCACAGGACCUACAGAGGGCAUCUUCAAAGCUUUCUCCAUGAUCGCACAAAAGUUUGAGGAGGAUAUCACCGCCGCCAUGACAAACAGCAACGUGACCAGCAAGCCUCCCGUGACCCUUCGCCUGGUUUUCCCCGGGAGCCAGUGCGGCUCUCUGAUCGGCAAAGGAGGCUCAAAGAUCAAAGAGAUCCGAGAGACCACCGGCGCGCAGGUGCAGGUGGCAGGAGACAUGCUGCCGGACUCCACAGAGAGGGCUGUCACCAUCUCCGGCACGCCGCAGGCCAUCACUCAGUGCGUGAGACACAUCUGCUCCGUCAUGCUGGAGUCUCCACCGAAAGGAGCAACUAUUCCCUACCGUCCCAAGAUCCUCCCCGCUGGAGCCCACGCAGUUUUAACACCGCAGCACCCCGCACAAGACAGGCCUCGGUAUGAAGCUUCUCCUGCACUGAGGGCAGCUGUGGACUCCUUUCUGAUCCUCUUCAUCCCAGUGGGAUUUAAUACAGUAGCUGUGUCCACAGGGAAGAGCCACUGGAUCCUUCAGUGCCGCCGGUGGAUGAAGUGGGGUUUGUUGGCUGCUGCUGUUUGUGUUUUGGUGCCGGUCACGCUGAAAUGGGCCCCAGAAUUAAUUCAGCAUUUUGUUCACGUGCACAGAGUCAGAGUGCCGUUCUUUGUGGACCUGAGCCGACCCGCUGAUUUCUCCCAGAACCACACCAUCAACAUGUACCUCACAAGUGAGGAGGGCAUUUCCCUCGGAGUCUGGCACACUGUUCCUGAAGGUCGCUGGAAAGAGGCUCAAGGGAAGGAGCUGCUCUGGUACCAGAACUCUUUAAAUGAUGGAAGUCCAGUUUUUAUAUAUUUUCAUGGGAACACAAUGAAUAGAGCAGCUCCGCACCGGGUGGGAGUGGCAAAA